AUGUCCAACCUCACACAGAUUGAGAGGUGUCUCAGGUCUUUUUCCAUAGACGCCGCCACCUUUACUAAGGAAUUUGAGUACCUGACCCACUCCUAUGACCUGACCUGGUACAACAUCUGUGUCAUCCUGUUCUCCUCUCUAAGCCUAAAGGAGAAAGCACGACCCGCGGGUGGCGUACACCACUGCCAGGACCGUGCGUGCAGCGUCCAGUCCGUUCCCGCCCUGCGCAUCCUGGUCGGCAUCCUUGUUUCGGUCCAGCGCAACGUCUGCGCUUUCCCUGGCCCCCAUCCCGGUCUGCGCUCUCCGGCCUCUCCCCCGCCCUCUCCAAGGGUACCCGCCGCAGCCCUGGCGCUCCCCGCGGGCCCCGCCGAGGCCGCCUGCGCCCUGUGCCAGCGCGCGCCCCGCGAGCCGGUGCGCGCCGACUGCGGCCACCGCUUCUGCCGGGCGUGCGUGGUGCGCUUCUGGGCCGAGGAGGACGGGCCCUUCCCUUGCCCCGAGUGCGCCGAUGACUGCUGGCAGCGCGCUGUGGAGCCCGGCCGCCCGCCGCUCAGCCGCCGCCUGCUGGCGCUCGAGGAGGCGGCCGCCGCACCCACGCGCGACGGCGCGGCCUCGGAGGCGGCGCUGCAGCUGCUGUGUCGCGUCGACGGGGGUCCGCUGUGCGCCGCCUGCCGAAUGGCGGCGGGGCCCGAGCCACCCGAGUGGGAGCCCCGCUGGAGGAAGGUGCUGCGCGGCAAGGAGAAUAAGGGGUCUGUGGAGAUCAUGAGGAAAGAUCUGAAUGAUGCCCGGGACCUGCAUGGCCAGGCCGAGUCUGCUGCUGCUGUGUGGAAGGGACACGUGAUGGACCGCAGGAAGAAGGCCCUGACCGACUACAAGAAGCUCCGGGCUUUCUUUGUGGAGGAGGAACAGCGCUUCCUGCAGGAGGCAGAAAAAGAGGAAGGGUCCCCCGAAGAUGAGGAUGCUGACCCUGCAGAGAGGUUCAGGUCCCUCCUGCAGGCCCUGUCGGAGCUGGAGCGGAGGCACCGCAACCUGGGCCUUAGCAUGCUGCUCCAGGUGGGCCCUGGCCCCAUCUUGAAAGCCUUUAGCUACCAAGAGAGGGCUUACGGCGAGGCCUGGCCUUUGUUUGGGGCUGAAUUUCAGGAUGAGUAAUCCAGCAGACGCCCCAGCCUCCAUGUUACUGGUGAUCUUUCAUGAGGCAGGGCUGCUCCCCAAUAUUGAAGCACCGGGCCCUUGUCCUACCCUAGCACUCUGCAGGCAGGAGCUGGCCGUGGGGUGCAGGAGCACAGGGUCCCCAGGAAGGUGAUGGCCAUCUGACUCUUUUCCUACAUGUCCUCACUCACUAUGUCUGAGGCCAGGCCCUGGAGGCUCUGGGUUCUUUGUGCCCCCUCUGAUCUGAGCCAGCAGCCCCCACCCUCCCCUUCUCUGGGCUGGGAAGUGCCAUUUCACUCGGAAUGCUUGUUAUCAGCUGCUGGUAGGUGGUGGUGUGGGGUGAUCAUCAUAGGAGGCUUGGCUUCAGCCUUGGGGAGCUGCCUGUGGUGGUGGAACUGGGGCAUGGCCAUCUGGAUUUUAGGACAGCAGCUCCCUCUGUCUCUUUCUCUCUCUCCCUGUCUCUCUCUCUCU